AUACACAUAUUCGGGUAGUUUAUAAACAAUAACGAAAAGAUAAAGUGAUUUUUUGUUUCGUAUAAUAUUUUAAACGGACACUUAUUUAUAUUAAGCGAAUAAGAUUUAAUUACAAUAACAGCAAAAAAAAUGAAUUCCACAGAAGUUUCGAAUGUGCGUGCUGUGUAUGAUAAUUCAGUGAAUAAAAAUUUAAAAACAAAUGUUCAUCGGCCACAAUCACCACGACAAUUUUUUGAACGAAUUUACGGUCAUUUAGAACACUCAUCCAAUAACAAUGAGGUUGACGUGAAUAUUAUAAAACCAAUUUCGCCGCUAGCAAGUGAAAUAAGUUCGUCACCAGAUUUACUUGAUAGGAAGCACCACAUCGUCGACAGUUCGGGUUUGGAAAAUCCAUUGGAUAUCGGAUUUAACAUGCAACACAUGGGCUCCAUGAAUUUUCUUUCACCCAGUUUCAAUCAAUUCAGACCAAUAUUGGGCUUAACUGAUCAUCAUCUACCAGCUGGGUUGACUGCUUUCCUAGCCAGACGUCGACGAAAGGAAGGUCGACCCCGACGACAACGCACCACAUUUAGCAGCGAGCAAACACUACGGCUGGAAGUGGAAUUUCAUCGAAACGAGUACAUAUCGCGAGGCAGACGUUUUGAAUUGGCAGAAAGUUUGAGAUUGUCCGAAACGCAGAUUAAAAUUUGGUUUCAAAAUCGAAGAGCCAAGGACAAACGCAUUGAAAAGGCUCAGAUUGAUCAACAGUACAGGAAUUUUGCUGUCGCUAAUGGUUACAUGUCUUCGAUUCCAUAUUCACCGAUCGUACCAAGCGUCAAUCUAACAUCAGUUCAUUCGACCGAAACACAGUUUUAUGGAUCAGAUACAAUAAAAUCAAAUGACUUACAUUGUGAUAAGCCGGCAUUAAUAUCACAUCUACCGAAUAUUACCACAUAAUGGACUUAGCACGAACAAAAUAUUUAUUGUAAAAUUAGAUUUUAUUUUCACCGAUUGAUGUAAGCCCAAAUAAAUUUAAAAAAA